UUCUUGUAGUCAAUAGAUCUUGGAAUCAGAUUAAUGAAGAUUAUUCUGGCUGCCUGGCGGGUGGGUUGGAGCACAAAGAAAUAACUCAGUGUAUCUCUCCACCCGCUAGUGUCUGCAGCUGGCACACUCGGCUGCUAAUAUUCAUCCCUGUGUUGCAACCGUAAUACAUUAUGGCUGAAUAUACUUACCAUGGUAUCCUGAGUAUGAGAGGGAGCCGCAUAUCCGUCUUCAGCUUCAAGUCAUGUGAUGGGGACAAGUUUGUGGUCUGCAUGAAGGCCUGUAUAUGUAUCAAUGGCGAAACAAUCAAGAACAACAGAUUUCCUAGAGAUGUCCUGUCAGAACAUAGUGGCAAAUUCAUCGUAACCAAACUACACAAAACUAGCCAGUGUUAUGACUAUGCAUUUGAAAUUCGGGACAAAGACAGCACUUGUGAUUGUGCAGACCAUCACCAGUCAUACAUUCCAGAGCCAGGCAAAACACUGUUUGGUAUCCUUAUUGAUUAUAGUUCUGUUAAGGAUACCUACACAGUGGCGUGUGGACCAUUUGGCUUUACUGUGCACUCUUCUUGGGUCACAAGCUUAGGAAUCUCCCCAGAGUGUGUUGCAACUCCACUAACUUUUAUCAGUUUCAAAGCAUAUUCUAGGGUCUAUAGAGUAUCUGGAGUGCAUUACUUUAAUGUUAAUACUCCCCCAAGGCUUGAAUCACUCAGUGACAGUAUUAAGAGUACCAUAUUUUCAUUUGAGCCCAUAGAUAAAUCUCUUUUGAUGGCAAACAUUGUUUUCUCUGCUGCUUCUCUUCCAAGUUCCAUUUCAGCCUCUUCUGUUUCCUCUGUGUCAAGUUCUAACUCGGUGAAUAUGUUAACUUUAAGUAAUGGCGGCAUCUUGGAUCCAGCCCCUGCAGCUUCCUCUAUAUCCUCCACCACACGUAUGAAACUCGACAGAAAUUUGUUCCUGUCGAGUCUAAACCUGCAGGAUAUAUCUAUCAGCCUCAGUAGAGAGGCACUGUGUAUUACCCAGACCAUCGAGGAAGCAAAGACUAACCCUUGUAGUGUGACAUCUUUAUCUAAGGUUAAGAAGGCUCAUACUUUUGAUAAUGGAGCUCCACCUGACCAUACACGUCUUCGAAUGAAAUUGUUAGAACUCAACAUAGAUGAUAUGAAACCAACAAUUUCGUCUAGUGAUAGCCUCAUUCCAAUAGUCACUGUCCGAAAGUAA